CUAUAUAUUUUGAUCCUUGACACUGCGGUAAACCAUCCACAUAGUUAGCUGCUAAUCAGAAAAAAAUAUGGGUGACUUCAUGCCUGGCCAAUUGUGCGGGGGUACUUCUAAAGUCAGUCCUGCCACUCCUGAAAUUCAAAGUUUGUGUGAUCAGAUCAAAGCUGCUGCAGAAGAAAAAGCCGGGAAGAAGUAUUCAGAAUUCAAAGCAGUUUCAUUUUGCAGUCAAGUUGUUUCUGGAACAAACUACUUUGUUAAGGUUAAUGUUGGUGGUGGAUGUAUACAUGUACGUAUAUAUGUGAAACUUCCUUGUCAUGGGGGAGAAGUAAGUCUCGAUAGCAUCCAGACAUCAAAGACCCAUGAGGACCUGUUGGCUUACUUUUAACUUACAGCUUUGUUCCUGUCCAGCUGUCUGAACCCACAUAAUGAAGAAAAGGUGUUUGCUGAUAAUCUGCCAGUGAGAAAAGAGAGCACUGCAUUGGCUUUCUUUUCUAUAGAAAAUGCAAGCCAUAAACCUAGCAUGCUGUAAUGGUAGCUUAAACAUGUUUUUUUCGAUAACAGUACAGAAAAUUUUUUAUAAUGCGUAUUUUUGCAUUUGUGUAAGUUCAUAACAUUGUAAACUGAGUUCUGAAUAGACCUUUGAAAUAAAAAUGCAUUUUGAUAUCUC